CAAAACCGAUCAACACAUCCUCUGUUUCCACCAAGAUGAACCUACUCCAAUGCUUUGUGCUUUUCUUCCUGGGCCUGGUCCUCAGCGGUGUGGAUGCACAACAGGUGACCCGUCCGGUAACCGACAGGGACAAGGCCUGCGGUGAAGGGCGCUACUACAACUACGCCCGCAACAGUUGCUGGCCCGCGCCAGGAUCCUUAGUCAACGGCUAGGCACAAAGAGAUGCAGAAUGGCGUAAAAAUACUAUUUACGGACUGAAUUAAAGUUUUCUGCUCCAUUGCUUGUAUCGCAUAUGUGUCCGUUAUCCGUCCCCAUAUUUGCUUUCAAUUAAAUUACAAUUUUACUGUGGGAAUCGA